CAGAACCCUGCCAUUGCUGAUAUCUACACGGAACAUCCCCAUCAAGUAAUUGUAGCCAAGUAUUCUCCCAGUGGCUUCUACAUUGCAUCUGGAGACGUUUCGGGUAAGAUUAGAAUCUGGGACACCACCCAGAAGGAGCACCUGCUGAAGUAUGAGUACCAACCCUUCGGAGGCAAAAUCAAGGACAUCGCCUGGACGGAGGACAGCAAGAGAAUUGCUGUGGUGGGAGAAGGCAGAGAGAAGUUCGGGGCUGUGUUUCUGUGGGACACUGGCUCCUCUGUGGGAGAAAUAGUUGGCCACAGCAAGAUCAUCAACACAGUGGAUAUUAAACAAACUCGCCCUUAUCGCUUGGCCACUGGCGGAGAUGACAGUUGCUGCGCCUAUUUCGAGGGUCCACCAUUCAAGUUCAAGUUCACUAUGAGCCGGUUCGUCAACUGUGUACGCUUCUCUCCAGACGGGAACCGCUUUGUCUCAGCUGGGGCUGAUGGCGUGAUCAUUAUCUAUGAUGGCAAGACCGGUGAGAAAAUCGGUACCGUGGGAGGGGAAAAAGCUCAUGAAGGUGGAAUCUAUGCUGUAAGCUGGAGCCCAGACAGUUCCCAGCUGAUCUCGGCCUCCGGGGACAAGACGGUGAAGCUGUGGGACGUGGGCAGCAACACGGCGGUCACCACCUUCAACAUGGGCGCCGACGUCAUGGACCAGCAGCUGGGCUGCCUGUGGCAGAAGGACCACCUGCUCAGCAUCUCCCUGUCGGGCUACAUCAACUAUCUGGACAAGAACAACCCGGACCGCCCACUCCGCACCGUCAAGGUUGGCUGUCAUUCUGCUUCUUGCUUAGUUGUUUGUUGUAAAGUGGUAUUUGUUAGCCGUCUAAGAACAGAUAACCAUUACCUUAAAGGGUCUCAGGUAAUUCUGUACUUCUCUAGUGAUGAUUGUCUGGGAUGUUGAGGAUUAUAUACAGUAUAGUAUCUGGUCUUAGGGCUGGGAUGUUGAGGAUUAUAUACAGUAUAGUAUCUGGUCUUGGGGCUGGGAUGUUGAGGAUUAUAUACAGUAUAGUAUCUGGUCUUAGGGCUGGGAUGUUGAGGAUUAUAUACAGUAUAGUAUCUGGUCUUAGGGCUGGGAUGUUGAGGAUUAUAUACAGUAUAGUAUCUGGUUUUAG